GAUUAAAAACUAAACUUCCCAGUUCCAAUUUUAGAAGAAGAGAAGCUGCUACCAAAGAGAGAGAGAGAGGGAGAGGGGAAAGAGAAAUAGAAAUGUCGAGAGCAACACCUGUUCGGAAGUCUCACACUUCCACUUCAGAUCUGCUCAUUUGGUCAGAAGCUCCGUCGCCCGCACCUUCCUCCACCGCUCGUGCUAACCAGCCGCCGGAUCGAGUUGGUAAGGUGCUGUUUGGCGGUCACAUUACUGAUGAAGAAGCUGAUAAUCUUAAUAAGAGGAAGCCUUGCUCCGGCUAUAAACUGAAGGAGAUGAAUGGUAGUAAAAUAUUUUCCGAUGACAGUGAAGAUGGUUCAACAGAAUCUGGAGUAUCUGAUGGUAAUUUCAAUAACCGAACAUCUGUUCGCAUUGUGCAGCAAGCUGCAAUAGGGAUAAGUCAGAUUUCCUUCAGCACAGAAGAGAAGAUUUCACCUAAAAAGCCAAGCACUGUCCCUGGGGUGGCAAAGCAGCUUGAGCUGAGUGGGACGAUAGAAAGUGACUCGGAGAGCCAGACUAGGAAGAUAAUCUCGGAUGCCAAAUCGAAGGAACUGAGUGGUACUGACAUCUUUGGCCCUCCUUGCGAAGCUCCAGCUCGAUCAUCUGCACGGGCUACUGGAAUAAAGGAAAACAAAGAUAUAGGAGAACCUGCACCGCGAGCUCUACGCACUUCUGUCAAAGUUUGUAACCCUGCAGGGGGUCAGAGCAACAUACUAUUCGGAGACGAACAAGUGGUGAAGUCGUCAAAGAAAAUUCACGACCAAAAGUUUGCAGAGAUGACAGGAAACAACAUUUUCAAGGGAGACGUUCCUCCGGGAUCAGCUGAGAAGCCGUUGAGCGUGGCCAAGUUGAAAGAAAUGAGGGGAAAUGAUAUCUUUUGGGAUGGCAAGGCUGAGUCUAGAGACUAUUUUGGUGGUGUCAGGAAACCACCUGGUGGUGAGAGCAGCAUCGCUUUAGUCUGAUAUAACUUAUGGGUUUCGUUCUCGUUUCUGCUGGCCAUUGCCUUGGUGUACAAAGCCAGAUCUGAUCUCAAUGUCAGGUAACUUGAUGUUGUAGCAAGUGUUGUCUUAGGAAUUAGGAUUACGUUUGACUUGUGUUUCUCUAAUUAUGGGAUGUUAAUGAUGCAUUCCAUGUAACGUUGAAGAGAGUUACUAUAUAGUAUAUUUUACGUUAUUUCGUAAUGGUUCGCGAAGUUUGUUAA